AUGGGGCAAUACUACAGUCGGAUCCUCAACUUUCUCUUCUUGUUUCUGAGUCUUAAGUUUUGUUCUCCAUUAUUUCCCUCCUUUUCAGCCAACAGGUCAUUGCAGCUUUGCUCCCAUUAUGACAGACUUGCAUUGAUCGAAUUCAAUAACAGCUUUUCACUAAACCUUGCUGCUUCCUACGCUUGUCCAACUUCUUAUCCAAAGACACAAUCAUGGAAAAUAGACAGGGAUUGUUGUUCUUGGGAUGGUGUUACUUGUGAUAUUGUCACUGGUCAAGUGAUUGGGCUCGACCUCAGUUGUAGUUUGCUUCAAGGCACUCUAUAUUCAAACAAUAGUCUCUUCCAACUUUCGCACGUCCAGAAACUCAAUCUUGCUCAUAACGAUUUUCAAUUUUCUGGGAUUUCUUCCAAAUUUGGUAAGUUUGAGAGUUUGACACAUCUUAACCUCUUUGAUUCUGGCUUUUCAGGACAUGUCCCAUAUGAAUUCUCUUACCUGUCCAAAUUGAUUUCUCUUCAUAUCUCUGAUGUGAAGAUUGAAGUACCUACAUUGAGAGGAUUUCUUCAAAAUUGUACUGUUCUGCAAGAACUUUUUUUUUACCAGGUGAACAUGUCUUCAGUAAAUGUAGAUUUGUUGAUGAAUCUCUCAUCAUCUUUGACAUCUUUGCAUCUUGUUUCUUGUGAAUUGCAUGGGAAAUUUCCAGAGAACAUUCUCCUCCUACCAAACCUCCAGUCACUGUAUUUAACAGGUGGAGCUGGCUUCGGUAUUGAUUUUCCAAUGUCUAAUUGGAGCACACCUCUAAGGGACCUGGAACUUGCUUCGGUAGAUUCCAUGAGAGAGCUUCCUGAAUCAAUAUGCAAUCUGACGUCCUUGAAUUUGUUGGAUUUUUCUGAUUUUAAUUUCUCAAAAUCACUAAUUCCUACCUGCAUUGGAAGUCUAACGCACCUCAUCCAUCUCAGCAUGAAAAAUAGCAAUCUCUGUGGUAGGAUACCAUCUUCAUUUUCAAACCUCAUAAAACUUGGAUUCUUAUCCCUUUCUCAUAAUCAACUGGUAGGCCCUGCUCCUGACUCAUCUAAUCUUUCAAAACUAGUUUUCUUAGACUUAUCUUACAACUCACUUAGUGGAACCAUACCAUCUUCCUCAUUUUCCUUCCCAUCAUUACAAUAUUUAUAUGUUCAGGAUAAUCUGUUCACUAGCAUCAAAGACUUUCAAUCUAAAUCAUUGGAGGUAAUUGACAUGAGUAAUAAUACACUGCUGGGUUCUAUUCCAAGUUCUGUCUUUGAUCAAGUUAACCUUACCACCCUUUUGUUGCCAUCAAAUAACUUGACUGGUGUGGUUUGGACUGACAAUUUCUUGAAGCUCAAAAAUCUUGAAAGGCUUGACCUCUCAUUUAAUAGUCUUUCACUGUUGAACACCAACGCAAACUACAAAAACACCUUGUUGCCCAAUCUACAAGAGGUAAACUUGUCUUCUUGCGGCAAAGCCGAGUUUCCCAAUUUCUUACGAGGCUCAAGGGACUUGCAGUUUUUAGACCUUUCCAACAACAACAUACAAGGGCAUGUUCCUGACUGGAUGUGGGAUGUGGGGAGGGAAACAUUGAAUAGCCUGAAUCUUUCGUACAACUAUUUGACUGGCAAUAUAGAAAGGAUUCCAUGGAAGAAUCUAGAAGAUCUUGACCUUCACUCCAACUUGCUUCAAGGACAGCUGCCUCUUCUGCCAUUUGAACUGUCAUUCUUCAGAAUCUCUUCCAACAAUUUGACGGGGGAGAUUCCUACUUCACUUUGCUAUGUGAAUUGGAUGCAGUUUCUUGAUAUUUCAAAAAAUACCAUGUCCGGUAUUAUUCCCGAGUGCAUUGGAAACUUAACCAAUAGUCUUGUAGUUUUACAUCUACAAAAGAAUUCAUUUCAUGGAAAAAUUCCAAGCAUAUUUAGUAAAGACUGUGGUUUGAGGAGUCUCAAUGUCAAUGGCAAUCAAUUGGAAGGGCCUUUACCAAGAUCUCUUGCAAAUUGCAAAGGUUUGGAAAAUUUGAAUCUUGGGAACAACAUGAUAAAUGAUACGUUCCCUCACUGGUUGCAAAUUUUCCCAGAACUACGGAUUCUUGUUUUAAAAUCCAAUCGAUUUCAUGGUCCGAUUCUUGAAUAUAAGGCCCAUCAUUCAUUUCCAAACUUACGAAUAUUUGAUAUUUCCAACAAUUAUUUUGUGGGUCUUUUGCCAAUGAAAUAUAUCAAGAAUAUGAAGGCCAUGAUGUACAACGAAGAUAAUCCUCCUGAUGAAGUGCAAUACAAUGGAGAAUCAUAUAUUAUCGAUGAAGAUUCUGUGAUUGUGAUGAUCAAAGGAACAGAGUAUGAGUUGUUGAAAAUUGUAACAACCUUCAAGGUCAUCGAUUUCUCUGAUAACAAAUUUGAAGGAGAAGUUUCGAAAGUCAUUGGGAAUCUUUCUUUCCUAAAAGGACUCAACUUCUCACACAAUCUCCUAAGUGGCCACAUUCCAUCGUCAAUAGGAUAUUUGAUACAGCUUGAAUGGUUAGACUUUUCUUACAACAAGCUUGUAGGCAAGAUUCCUGAGCAAUUGGCAAAUUUAACAUUUCUUUCACAGUUAAACCUCUCCCAUAACAAGCUUGUUGGACCCAUACCUCAGAACAGGCAGUUCAACACAUUUGACAAUAGUUCCUACGAAGGGAAUUCAGGGUUGUGUGGAUUUCCUUUGUCAAAAACUUGUGGCAUUGAUGGUGCUCCACCACAAUCACAACCACCACAAUUGCAACCAUUGCCGAGUGAAGAGGAUGAUUCUGGAAGUGGAUUUGAUUGGAAGAUCAUAAUGAUGGGUUACAGUUUUGGAAUGGUUAUGGGAUUGUCUUUGGGAUAUAUCAUGUUCGUAACAGGAAAACCACAAUGGUUAGUGAGGUUCAUUGAAGGAAGCCGACUUAAGCAAGUGAAGAGGCCAAAUCAAAGAGAAAGAAGAAGAAGAAGCUAG